CCAGCUGUCCAGGAUCCCAGCUGCUGAAGAGCUGGUCAGUUCAGAAUGGGAAACCACUUGGGAAAGCGAGAGUUAAGCGCCGAGAAGGGCAAUAAGAAUGGUGAAACUAGCAGAAGAUCUGAAAUGAAGAGGAACCUUGGCGGACUUCCACAGACAGCCUCAGAAGAAAAUGAUGUGUUCGGAGAGGCAGAUGCGAACCAGAACAAUGGGACCUCGUCUGAGGACACGGCGGUGACAGACUCCAAGUGCACAGCGGACCCAAAGAAUGCCUGGCAGGACGCCCACCCAGCUGACCCAAGGAGCCGCCCCCACUUGAUCCGCCUCUUUUCCCGAGAUGCCCCGGGGAGGGAGGACAACACCUUCAAAGACAGGCCCUCUGAGUCCGAUGAGCUUCAGACCAUCCAAGAAGACACAGCAGCAGCUUCCGAGGGCCUGGAUGUGAUGGCGUCACAGAAGAGACCCUCCCAGAGGCACGGAUCCAAGUACCUGGCCACAGCAAGUACCAUGGACCAUGCCAGGCAUGGCUUCCUCCCGAGGCACAGAGACACGGGCAUUCUUGACUCCAUUGGGCGCUUCUUUGGCAGUGACAGGGCUGCGCCCAAGCGGGGCUCUGGCAAGGUACCCUGGCUAAAGCAGAGCAGAAGCCCUCUGGCCUCUCAUGCCCGCAGCCAGCCUGGGCUAUGCAACAUGUACAAGGACUCACACCAUGCAGCAAGGACGACCCACUAUGGCUCCCUGCCCCAGAAGUCACAGCAUGGCCGGUCCCAAGAGGAAAACCCUGUAGUCCACUUCUUCAAGAACAUUGUGACACCUCGCACACCUCCUCCAUCCCAAGGAAAGGGAAGAGGAUUGUCCCUCAGCAGAUUUAGCUGGGGCGCCGAGGGGCAGAAACCAGGAUUUGGCUACGGAGGCAGAGCUUCCGACUAUAAAUCCAAGGGAUUCAAGGGGGCCCAUGAUGCCCAGGGCACACUUUCCAAAAUCUUUAAGCUGGGAGGAAGAGACAGCCGGUCUGGAUCUCCCAUGGCGAGACGCUGAACCCCUGCCUGGUCCUUCCAGAGCCCUGUCCUCAGCUUCUUAAUAUAAUUACCUUAAACUUUAAUUCCAUUUGCAUGGAUUAGCUAGUUAGUGCAGAUGACCUGUCACCUAAUCCUGUUGAGUUGUGGGCCAGGCACACAGCACCCUAUUGGCAAUUUUUGGCCAACAGUUAAAUAGAAGAGAUGAAAGCAAACCUGGUGAAAACUGUCACUUUCCAGUGGAGAUGGACGUUCCUCCCUGCCCUGCACCACGCCCCAGUGCACGUCAGUCCGUUCUCCACAGGUCCCAGUGCACAGAUGCCCCUCUCAGCUCCCAGCUCACCCUCCCUCCCUCCUUGGACUUGCUUUUCACCCUUACGGGGCAUCCCUCAGGCUUUUGCCGACACUGCCAUUAAGGCACACCACUGUGGAACCGGAGAACGCGGGCAUGGGGGGACUGUUAUGAUCCAAGCUUCCUUUGUUUUCUUUCCCUGCCAUUCUCUCACUUCCUAGAGUACAUUUUAUUUUUCCUAACAGGAUUAGACAGUCAAAGAGUGGCUUCGAUCCGAGGGAGCUUUCGGUAUGUGGACGCGGGCUGGGCAGCUGUGAGAGUCCAGUGUGGGGCAGCACAGAGGGGGGCUCCGGGCUGGCUGCCCCCACACCCCACCAGCUGAAUUCGAGCGUGGUAUAGGGAGGGAAAGGAGGCAAAUGGGCUGGGCGAUGGCCCCAAACGAGAAACGGGAAUGUGGGAGAUUAGGUGCUAAAUAUGUUGCAUGUGUGGCCUCCAGAUGGCGCUGUCGCUCUGCACAGGGGCCACCUGAGCAACCGCUAUCAAGAAUCCCGUUUCCCCACCAGAGCCCAGGAGGAGUCUAGGGAGAUGGUGAAUCUCAGAGUGGGACCGCAGGAGUUCUCUGGGUGUUCUCACGGUGUCCUCUGGUCACUCCUUGAUGUUGGGUGUGACCACAUUCAUAGUCCACAAUGGCAGUGUUCACUGGCGCACACUAACGAGUAGUGAAAAGAUAACUCCCUGUCCUACAAAUGACCUUCCUUCGUGAAUGCCCUUGGAGAGUGCCCCUUCUUGAAUCACUAACAAAAAUGCAGGGCUGCAAAAAGCCUCUGAAUCGAACCUUUUCUAACUUCUGCUGACUCCUCCGUGCCCCUCACUGACCCACUGACCCCUGUGUUUUGAUUUAGCUCAUCUUUAGAAACCUUCCAAAGACUCCCACACUGGCCCCACUCUCCCUUAGAAGGAAGAUGAGGAAUAUAUAGUCUACAUAAUCCCAAAAUGCAUCUUUUUAAUGCCAUUCUAAUUCUGAAUGUUUAGUGUGGGUUCAAAGUAAUACCUAUUAAUAUAUUAGAAGAAAAGGGAACAAAAUUCUGGAAAUAAACCCUCCAAGUUUUCAAAAGAGCGCCUGCCCUCUCUUGUGCUGGUGUUGGCUGAGUGAACUCACCUGUGGCUACACCUGGGCAGCAGGGGCUGCGAAAUGGGGCCACAGGACCACGCACUGUUCUUGAAUAUUGAAAUAAAAUAAUAAACUUGCAA